UCAUCAAUUCUUAUCAGGGUUCCUUUUCGAAUAGCAGAAACUUAUAUUUACGUAACAAGUAUCCAUCUAUUAUUGCUGCUGUCACACAAUCAUAACGUGUGUCUCUGUGUUGGUUUUCGAAGCCUGGUUGUUGCGCUUGCCGCCAGCCUCGUCCCAAUUCUCGAAAGAAUCAGCCUCCUGAGUCACCGCCGAAGCCGGUAUGGAAGAUAUCACGGAUGAGAGGUAUACCAUGCCAGAGAGCUGGUUGUGUGCAGAGACGACUGAGUGCACGACGUGCGACUGUCUUUUAUAUCCUGAUAGCACAGAGCCUGUAGUGACCCAAGGUCGUGUGAAUGAUGACGAUUCAUUGGCAGCUUGGUUUGAAAAUAUUCCCGAAAUACAGUCCUCUGAUGAGAGAUCACAAGUUCCAGUAUCCGGGCUUCGACUGGUUCACUACCUAUCUCCGAUGUAAUGGCCAAGACCUGUGUAAUGUUCUGUUAUCUCCUAUAUGUUUCGUUGCUCAGCAGGAACUCACUCGACCGCCAAAAAAAAACAUUCGUAGGGUGCAGAUUUCCAUGCUGAGAAUAUGUUGUAGAAUCACUAAAUAUGAAAGAACAUCAAUCCAGAAAACACUAAACUGUACAAAGAAGGCCUUUCGGCUUCUUUGCUCCAGUAUCAAGGAGAUUUCUGACGUUCUUCCUGCCCAUCGACUAAAAAUGACUUUUCAUGGUCACAAGUAUUCAACGUCAAACGAUGGACAAGACGCUCAAAGAUACAUUGGGUUCGUGAUACAACUCCCAGCGUACGAUUAUCAUCUGGAAAACGUAUUCGUUGUUUGCUACGACACAAAGACACAUAUGACGCAAAUUCUUCUCUUUUCCAAACAACCACACUUUGGGGAAGAACUCCUGAGCCUGCUAGAAAAGCGUUUGGGAUGCUAUUCCAGCCCAAUCUGGACGGCAUUGGAUGUAAUAUCCUUCGCGACGAAGUUUCUCAGCAGAAGAUUAUCGGACCAGGCAUACAAUCUUGGAGAUAUUAACCAAAGAACCGGCCAUUUUAAGUAUCUAGACGAUGCGGCAGAGAGCGAAAUCAGGGAGUUCUAUGAGAUAGACUUUCUGUCUACAUCGCGAGCACUGAAUAUGAUCGGGCAAGAUGCUGCUAUACUAGAGGCACAUUUUACUUCAUUGCUAAAAGUAUUAGAGGAGUUGCGGAUGUUCAAGAAAUCGACAGACGAGUUCCAACAAAGCAGUACAUCGCACGAAAGUACGUUGGUUGAUGAGAGGUUACACCUGCUGUUGAGAUUUUGCGAGUCUAAUCUGAUUGAAACGAACACCUUAAUCAAGCAAUGCAAUGUCCUGCUACAAGUCUUCUACCAAUACAUGGCACAAAAAGACGCAAAAGUCAACAUCGAGCUCGCCCGAAGCUCAGCAGCCAUCGCCAAAGCCAGCAAAGAAGACAGCGCCAUCAUGAGAACGAUAGCCUUAGAAAGCAAGAAAGAUAGCACUGCCAUGAAGACGAUCUCAAUCCUCGGCAUGGUAUUCCUGCCAGGGACAUUCAUUGCUGCAGUCUUCGCAAUGCCAGUCUUCGACUGGGACGCAGAUGGUGCACCUGUCAUGAAACCAGCCUCCCGGUACUACUGGGCCAUCACCGUUCCUCUGACAGUCACCAUUCUUCUCACAUGGUGUUUGAUGAUUCUCUUGCCGUGGAAUAAAUGGAUUGAUGGGUUGAAGGGGAAAGGCGAGGGAGAGGUGGAAUCGGAGGAGAAAGGUGACGGCUCUGGAAUUUGAGUUUGACCUGUGCUUGUUUGGGGGCUUCUUCCUGGGUUGAGAGGUGAGGGUGAGAAGUGUUUGAGCGUGGCUUUGUGGCUCCACAGGUAUCAUUUCUUUUGACUGGGUUUCCCUUUCUGGUGAAGUAAUAUUUUAUCGUUGUGAGCUCAUAGAAUGGAAAUAUAC